AUGGGUCAGAAUCCAGUACACGCAGCGGCGGUUGUUGGACUCCAGUGGGGGGAUGAGGGCAAAGGGAAGCUUGUUGAUCUGCUUGCCGGGAAGUACCGAGCCGUGGUCCGAUACAACGGCGGCGCUAACGCGGGGCAUUCGGUCGUUGUUGGUGGGGAGCGAUAUUCGCUCCAUCUGGUCCCAUCGGGAAUUCUCUCGCCGAGUUGUGAAGCUGUGAUCGGCAACGGCGUGGUUGUUGAUCCUUUGCGAUUGCUCGAAGAAAUCCAAACACUCAAGUCUCGUGGUGUGGAUACCAAGCGAUUGGUGAUCUCGGAUCGGGCGCAUGUGGUGAUGCCGUACCACAAAGCGGAGGACGCAGCACGCGAGGAACUGCUCUCAGCGACUACAGAAUCAGGUGCGGACGACUCGACCAAGAAGGUCAUCUCCGCAAUCGGAACUACGAAGCGUGGGAUCGGUCCUGCGUACGCGGACAAGAUCAACCGUUCGACUGCGAUCCGCAUUGGUGAUCUGGCUCGUCCAGAUGUGCUGCGUACCAAACUCGACAUGAUCUGUGGCUUAAAGAACGCGAUCCUUGGUGCAAUUGUGGGAGAGGGGUUUGAGCCGUUCGAUGCCGAAGAAAUCGCAAUACAAAUGAUCGAAUGCGGCAAAGAACUCACGCCGAUGAUCAAAGACACUGCGUAUUUGCUUGAUGAUCUCCGUAAAGAGGGUCAGCCAAUCCUCUUUGAGGGCGCGAAUGCGACGAUGCUUGAUGUGGAUCAUGGGACAUAUCCGUUCGUGACCAGCUCGAACUCAUCGGCGCUUGGGAUUGGUCCUGGGAGUGGUGUGCCGCCGCAAUGCAUCGAUCAGAUCAUCGGCGUGGUCAAGGCGUACUCCACGCGUGUUGGUGGAGGACCAAUGCCGACCGAACUGUUCGAUUCGAUCGGGGACGGCAUCCGCGAACGCGGACGAGAGUUUGGAACGACGACCGGCAGACCACGGCGCGUGGGUUGGCUCGAUCUGGUCGCGGUGAAGUACUCCGCGAUGGUCUCCGGGGCGACUGAACUGUGCAUCACGCUGCUCGAUGUCCUCGCGGGUGAACCCGAACUCAAAAUCGCGACGGCGUACUCAAUCGAUGGGAAUACAAGCGAGCGUUUUAUCCCUGAUGGUCAUGCACUUGAGCAUGCGGAGCCGGUAUUGGAAUCCAUGCCCGGUUUUUCCGAAGAUAUCACAGCGGCUCGGACUCUCGAUGAACUCCCUACCAAUGCAAAGGCGUACAUCCAUCGGAUCGAAGAGUUCGUAGGCGUUCCAGUCCGGACAAUUUCAGUUGGACCGGAUCGCGAACAGACGAUCAUGUGCGAUGCGCCGUCUCACGCGGUGUCCACACUCGACGCGAGGAGCAGAGAAGCACUCGAACGGAUUCAAUCUCGAUAUCCAGAGUCGGAUCCACUUGGUUGUUUGCCGGGUGUGGAUCCCGCGAAGAUCCCAGUCCAUGUCGCGAUGAUCAUGGACGGCAAUGGACGAUGGGCAAAGCAGCGUGGGAUGCCUCGCAUCAUGGGACAUCAGCAGGGUGUCAAGACUGUCCGCACAAUGCUGCGUGCGUGCGCGGAGAUCGGUGUUGAGAUCCUGACGCUUUACUCAUUCUCGACUGAGAACUGGUCGCGACCACAGGAAGAGAUUCAGGGACUCAUGGAGAUGUGCGUCGCGUACUGCGAGCAUGAGCGCGACGCGUUGAAAGAAAACAAUGUGCGUGUGCGUGUGCUCGGACGCCGUGAGGGUAUGCCCAAGGCGGCGCUCGAUGCUCUUGACGCGCUUGUAGACGCGACAAAGAACUGCACUGGGAUCACAAUGUGUCUCGCAGUGAACUACGGCGGACGCGAUGAGAUCGUCGAUGCCGCUCGAUCGCUCGCUACGCUAGCCGCAGAUGGGACCCUUGAUCCGAAGGCGAUCGAUGCGACUCUGUUUGCCAAUAAACUCACGACUCGGGGACUCCCUGAUCCUGAUCUGCUGAUCCGAACUGGUGGGGACUUUCGCGUGAGCAACUAUCUGCUCUGGCAGAUCAGCUACGCAGAGAUAGCCGUGAUCGACGAGCAAUGGCCCGAUUUCACGCGUGAGCGAUUCUUUGAACUGAUCAGCGACUUUGCGGGUCGAUCCAGAAGAUUCGGGAACAUUGAUUCUCAGUGA